CAGUUUUGGGCGGAGAAGAAGCCAAUUUGACGAAACCCAGGAGCUAGGAGCGGCCUUUCAUGAUGGCUGCUAGAUUUUUACUCAGACUGCAACCAAUGCCUUUGCGCUUUGGUUGCAUAAUCAGGCAGAGGCACCAGCUUCUGACCAGGCCGUUGCAGCAACACUGCUACUGCACUGCUGCUGCUGCUCCUCAACCCAAGACAUCCACACCAGCUCCUUCAUCCUCCUCCUCAUCGUCAUCUUCAUCAUCACCAUCAUCAUCUCAAUCAUCCUCAUCGAGUACAUCAUCAUCAUCCACCACCAGCACCAGCACCGGCACCGGCACCCCUACAACAGCUGUCACUCCAUCAUCACAGGGCCUCGCCCAAGACAAGACGGUGGCCAAGGUGGCACCCAGCAUGAACCCUGUCCUGGAUGUUGGCCCAAACGAUGAGGACGGUUUUCGGGAGCGCUUCAUCCCCCUCUCCAGGAGGUCCCUCAUCAGGGAGCUCAUGCAGGAGGAUGACUUCCUUACCGAUGCGGAGAGGAGACGGUAUGAGGAGUUUGCCAUCGCCAUGGAUAAUGCCAUCAGCAAGCAGUAUCAUGGUGUUCUAGCAGAACUCAAGCAACUGUUUGAUCCGGUGAACCCAGACAAGGACACCAUCGCUAACCGGUUGCUAGGGAAACGGGAGAAGGACGACAGUGAGUUCUGGCUGAUGCAGAAACUCCAGGCUCUGAUGGAGAGCGCCAACUUCCAUGAGCUACCCAGUCACGUCGUGAAGAAGGCUUUAGAUGAGCACAUGGCAGGAGAAGGUGUUAAUGUCAGUGUGAAUGCAAAGAACUAUGAGAUCCUGAGAUUCUGGGCUCUGGGCAAGGAACUUCCUACAGACACCACUCCCUGGUACAAACGUCUAUCAAAGUCCUUCUUCUACAAGGCUUCCAAGAGGUCACCACCUGCUGCUAUCCGCUACUACAAGCGCAUCGUCGUCGCCGUCAAACCCAAGGGCCAAGACAAGCUCAUGCUAAAGAUGUUCAAAGAAAUACCCACGGGGGCGCUAGAGCAGUUACUCCCUGACGGAAAGAUCAAGAUGAGUGGCUCUGAUCAGGGUCUCCUGAUGGCCACCGCAUCCAUUGGUUCCCUCACUUUACUGGUGAAAGUGGUGACGGUUCUAGCCGACAUCCAGCUCCAAUGGACUCUCAUCGUCGCCGCACUAACAGGUAUCAUUGGACUCCGCGGAUGGAACACGUACAAGAAUCGGCGCACCCGCUACAUGAUGCAGCUGUCAAAGACUCUUUAUUUCAAGAACGUUGCCAACAAUAGAGGGCUCCUGGCGUUGGUUGUUGAUAGGGCUCAGGAUGAGAGCUUCAAGGAGUGUCUCCUGGCAUACACCUUUCUACUCACCAACAGACCUGAAGCUGUGAGGGAGGCAGCUAAUACAGACCCAACAAGUCUUCCUUCACUACUAGGUGGUAUACCUGGCUCAGCCCUUGACAUGACCGUUGAAGAGUGGGUGCGGGAGAGGACGGGUGCAAACGUCAGUUUCAGCUCCAAGACCGCUCGUAGCAUCCUGGAGGACUUUGGCAUCCUCUACGCGGACGAGGACGACACCCUGGCCGUCCUUCCCUUGGAUGCCGCCCUCUUGGGUCUCCCCCGGCAACCGGCUUCCAUGGCAACGAGAACAGAGGAGGUGGAGCUAGAGGAGGGGUACGACAAGAUCUUCAGAGAAAACGAGAAGACAUACAAGAAAGAAGAUAAGACGCAAAGGAGGCAUGGAUGGUCAUAAGCAAAGAUUAAUUUGGAAUUCAAUUCACCAAAAUUUGAAAUAUAUCAUAUGAAUUUUGUUUGUCAAAUUGAUUAUUUUGCAAUCAGAAGUGAUUUACUCUCUUGUAGAGCAAUGCCAAUUACCUGAGCGGGUGGGGGAGGGGAUGCUGUUACCUCUCCAAGUUGCUGUCAGUAAAAUCUGUUUUAGGGACCAGAUAAACAACCAAACAAACUUGCCUGCAGUACCUCUUAGGAAGUAAAGUCUUUGUAAAGUGUACCAAGUCCUCUUUGAACCUUACUCUAGUUACUACUUUAUAAUCCAUUGCUACAUAUGAUAUCACAUGUGAACUCUCAAACAUGUAGUUCACGUGUUUUUGAUAAAUUGGUUCCCGUGUGACAUCGUUAGCCAAAAUUAUUAAGGGAAUUUCAGGAGAUACAGUACUUGUAGUUUACUCUGCAAUUAUGCAAUACGCACUGAUACUUUAGUUUAUACAGUGGCUGUCAACUGAUGAUAUAAGCAAAGCUGUUUAAAGAGUUAAUCAAAGAAAUCUGUCUGCCUGUCUGGCGCCCUCUUUGUCCUAAACAAUGCAUCUCUCAGCUUCUCUCUGUCUUCCAGUCUCUAUUUUAUUCUCUAUAACAUCCCUAUUUUCAUGAAGUGACGGUAGUGAGGAAAAUCGUCACGCAAAGUGAAUGCAAUUUUUUUUCACUACCGUCACUUCGUGAAAACAGCAACGAUAAUAUCAUUUAGAAUAUUGGGGGCUGUGUUUCAAAGUCAGUUAAGGUGUUACGAACACAUCUGUGUAGAAUGAGUGUAUUCAUAGGUGCAGCUAAUUUUGCCAAUACAAAGUUGUGUAUUUAUUUGUUAAAGGAAGCAAUAAAAAAAAAAUCAUUAAUAACUUGGGAAAA